UUUGGUUCCCAAGCAAAACGAACGAGCUCGAACUCGAAAGGAAAAGCUGCAAGCCGACGCUCCGGCCCAAUCCGAGUCUUCUCCCAACGUUGUCAACUCGAACUUCGAGAAGGCGAGAGAUGGAGUACAGGUGCGUGCAGUGUGGAUUCGAGAUCAAGAAGUUGUACGUGCAGUACUCACCCGGCAACAUUCGCCUCAUGAAAUGCGAGAACUGUAAAGCAGUUGCUGAUGAGUAUAUUGAAUGUGAACUCAUGAUUCUGCUGAUUGAUUUGAUUCUACACAAGCCGAAAGCAUAUAGACAUCUCCUUUGCAAUGUACUCAAUCAAGAAACAGGGGAGUGCAAGGGCUUGUUGUGGAAGUCGGCCUUGGGUUUUCUUGCUUUGGAUGCUUACAGGUGUCUGUUGCUGGAAAUGGCUCGGGAAGGAUGGGAUUCAUCAUUGAGCUUUAGUUCUGUUACUUGGACAUGUGUAAAGAUAUUGGUGGAUGUCUUUCUUGGGAACUUCUUCCUUUUUUAUUUCCUUCUACUUAUGACGAGAAUCUCUUUCACUAUACCGGCUGGAUUUUCCAGGCACAAGGACUUUACUCUCGCAAUCCUUGUUUCAAGCUACUUCAAGCUUUCUCUAUUAGCCAUGAUGAUCUGGGAAUUUCCAUCGUCAGUGGUUUUCAUUAUUGACCUAUUUGUCUUGUCCUCCAAUGCAAUGGCUUUGAAAGUGAUCACCGAGUCAACCACAGAAAAAUGCAUUGGGGCUUGUUUCACUGCACAUGCUGCCAAAUAUUUUGUCAGUCAUCUUUUGAAUUGGUGCUUUGCUUGACAAGCCCGUGAGGAUCACCACUUCUCCUUUUCAUGGCUUCCACUUGGUGGAGGAAGGACGAAAAGGAAAGGCUUCAGUUGAUAUGUCCCGACUUACUUUGACUUGUCGGCCUUCUGAUGUCACAUAUGGAAGAGCGGUUUCAGAUGAAUGCUUCAAAGAUAAUGCAAAUUGCUGGCAUCUCAAGUUCUGAAGCAGUGUUUUGGACAACCAAAGCCUACCUCACCACUUCAUUGUCUGUUCAAAGCAAUGGUAAUCUUUAAGUGAACACUUACUAUUUCUGCUCUGUCAUGUAUCCAGCUUUGGCUCCAACUGUUUUCUCAUCAGCAGAAGUCGUUAGUGAGGUUAAUCUGACCGAUGACCCAGUGCUUGCUUCAAGAAUAUUUAAGUGUUAAUAAAGGUGAUUACUGAAGUUGGCUUGGUUACUACUCUGUUGAUAUGGUCAGCAUCGUAUUGUUUGUCAGCCCAAGUCCAAUGUAGAGAAGAGAGAGUAGUGUAAAAAACUCGAGUGUUUAAAUGGGCCGGGUUGAGCCCUUCCAUCU